AUGGUCACCGUCAUGGCGCCUCCCGAGUCAGCGGUUAAACCAUGGAAGCCCGGUCCGCAAAAGCGCUAUGUCCUGCGAGGCGCGAACGUGGUAGAUACAAUGUCUGGAUCUGUCCGACGAAAUUGCACCGUCAAACUCGCUGGAGGAAAAAUCGCGAGUAUAACUGAUGGUGAUGAGGAUGAUGUGGCAGAGGACGCAACAAUUAUCGACGUAACAGGGAAAUAUCUGUGCCCUGGCCUCAUUGACUCCCAUGUUCAUCUGUGCGCAGUCACGGGUGAAAAGGAUCUGGGGAAGCUGUUCAAUUUGGAUUCGACCAUGGCCGCCAUGCGUGUGCCGUAUACUUGCCUACAGAUGCUGAGGCGUGGCUUCACUACCAUUCGGGACUGUGGCGGCUGCCCGUUGGCGCUUAAGGAAGCGGUGGAGGAUAUGGUGCUUCAAGGGCCGCGCAUUUUCAGAGCAGGUCUCGCCAUCAGUCAAACAGGCGGCCACGCGGACUUGCGUGGCCCUUACGAUCAUACACAGUGCUGCGGUGGCACUAUCUCGGCUCUUGGACGAGUAUGCGACGGCGUCCCAGAAUGCAUCCGAGGCACACGAGAAGAACUGCGCACCGGGGCAGACUUCAUCAAGAUCAUGGGAGGCGGCGGUGUUGCCAGCCCGACCGAUAAACUCGAGAAUAUCCAGUUUACUCCCGAAGAAGUCCGGGCGAUCACGACUGUUGCGAGAAAUAACGGCACCUACGUUACUGCUCACGCCUACACUCCUCAAGCGAUUCGUCAGGCUGUUGAUAAUGGUGUCAUGGGUAUUGAGCAUGGCAAUCUAAUUGACCCGGAAACGGCCAAAUACAUGGCAGCAAAAGGCGUAUAUCUGACUCCUACGCUGAUCACUUACUCGGCCAUGAAUAGCCCGGAGUUCAAGAGUUUCCUGCCCCCAGAAUCAGCCGAGAAAAAUGUUCAAGUACUUGACGCAGGAGUCAAAUCAUUAAAGAUGGCUUUCGACGCGGGCGUCAACAUCUGUUUUGGAACCGAUCUUCUUGGACCGAUGGGUAUACUGCAAACUCAUGAAUUUGCUUUGCGGUCUCAGGUCCUGUCGGCGGAUGCAUUGUUGAAAAGCGCAACCGUUACCCCGGCAAAGAUGAUGAAGCAAGAAGAAAAGUUGGGGCAAAUUGCUCCGGGAUUUGUCGCUGACAUUCUCAUUCUUAACGCCAACCCUCUUGAGAAUAUCAAAAUCUUUGAUGCACCGGACGAGCAUCUGCUGGCAGUGCUCAAAGAAGGACGUGUCCAUGUGAGCCGAUGGUCAAAACUUCCCGAGGAUGUGUUAAAGCGGCAGUCAUUUAUUGAAUAA